AUAGCGCUGAAGAUGACUGGCGCCGUAUUGUGUUUUGGGCCGAGCCACGUGCCUUGAACAUGAACUGGAAAAUACGACCCAUGCACGGCCCAAUCCCAUGUUCCCUCGUGCAGGGUCGGGCCGGACCAUUCGUGCCUAGCCCGAUUUUACUCAAUUUAGCGUGCUUUGUCAUGGCGUGUCGUGCUUUGCGUGACAAUGCUUUUUCCGUUAUUCUCUCCUGAUUUCUCUACGUAGGUGACUACUUUUCGAAAGAUUGCCCAUGCACUGGGAUUGGUCAAAAAGCACGGCCCGGGCUCAGCCCAUAACCCACACUUUGUCGUGGCUUACCGUGCUUUUUCCGUUAUUCUCUCCUAAUGUCUCUGCGUAGGUGACUAUUUUUAGAAAGAUUGCCCAUACACUGGGGAUUGGCAAAAUAUGUGGCCCGUGCUCAACCCAUAUCCCACGAGGCCACGACUUCGUAUGUGUACUGGGCUGUACCUUUUCCGUGCCCGGGCCUGCACCCAUCUUUACCACAGCUCCCUUCUUAUUGACAACAGUUUGUUUCUUGGAAACAUUUCUCAAACACACAGUAAAACUACGAAAAUGCUGGCAACUUCAUCAUCCACCAAUCUCUGUUCUUUAACAAUCAGUUCUCUCACUGACAAGAUUAAGAAAACCAGAAAACUUAACAAACCAAGAUACGACAAUCCACAUUUAACUAAUCCAAACAAAGGCAACAAUCUUUCAUUCCCAAAUUCAUCUUCAACCCCACUUCUCCCAGUCAAGCAAACCCCAGAAAACCAAACCAGAAUUCAAGCUCUUGAUGCAGUUGUUCGUGACCUCGAAGAAGCCAGACGCAAAAAUGGCAUCAUUGUUGAUACUCAAACCUAUUGUUCACUUCUUGAAACUUGCUUCCAAUUGAAGGCCGUUGAUCAUGGGGUUCGAAUCCAUCGCUUAAUCCCACAAAAGAUAUUGAGCAAAAACGUUGGGGUUGUAUCAAAAUUGCUUAGAUUAUAUGCUGCAAAUGGACGAGUUGAGGAAGCACACCAACUGUUCGAUGAAAUGCCUAAGAGAAAUGACGACUCUGCUUUUGCUUGGAAUUCUCUAAUUUCUGGGUAUGCUGAGUUGGGAAUGUUUGAAGAUGCACUUGCACUUUACUUUCAGAUGGAAGAAGAAGGUGUUGAGCCUGAUAGCCAUACUUUUCCUCGAGCUUUAAUGGCUUGCAGUGGAAUCGGGUCGAUUCAUGUUGGGGAAGAAUUACAUCGACACAUUGUUCGUUCUGGGUUUUUCACUGAUGUGUUCGUGUUGAAUGCUCUUGUAGACAUGUAUGCUAAAUGUGGUGACAUUGCAAAAUCAAGGAAAGUUUUCAACAAAAUCGCCAACAAAGAUUUGGUUUCAUGGAAUUCGAUGAUAUUAGGGUAUCUUCACCAUGGACUUUUAGCCAAAUCAAUGGAGAUUUUCCAUGACAUGCUCAAAUCUGGGCUUGAACCUGAUCAUGUUACCAUAUCAACAAUUGUCUCUAAAACUUCAUCGUUAACAAUUGGAGCACAAAUGCAUGGAUGGGUUCUUCGUAGAGGACUGGAAUGGAGCUUGCCUAUUACAAACUCUCUGAUAGUUUUCUACUCAAACCAUGGUCUUUUAGAUCAAUGCAGGUGGUUGUUCUCCCACAUGCCAGAAAAGGAUACUUUCUCAUGGAAUUCAAUCAUUUCUGCACAUAGAAAUGAUCCUAAAGUAUUAACCUACUUUAACCAGAUGCAGAACAAUGGUGCAGCAACAACACCUGAUGCAGUCACAUUUGUGGCCCUAUUAUCAGCCUGUGCAAAUCUAGGGUUCAUAAAAGAAGGGGAGUCUUUCUUCUCAUUGAUGAAAGACGAGUAUGGAAUCACCCCAAUUAUGGAACAUUACGCGUGUUUGGUUAAUCUUUACGGACGUGCAGGGUUAAUUCAUGAAGCUUAUGGCAUUAUAGAAAGAAAAUUGGAGUUUGAGGCUGGUCCAACAGUAUGGGGUGCAUUACUGUAUGCUUGUUUCUUGCAUGUUAAUGCAGAAAUUGGUGAGGUUGCUGCUCAGCAUCUUUUUGAGUUGGAACCUGAUAAUGAACAUAACUUUGAAUUGCUGAUAAAGAUUUAUGAACUUCUGGGUAGAUCAGAUGAUUCAGAAAGAGUGAGAACAAUGAUGGUUGAAAGAGGUUUGGACUUGUAGAUAGCACAAAUGUACAUCCAAACCUCUAUACAUCCAAGAAUUGGAGAGAAUUUCGAUCCAUGGUAACUUCCUCGCCGAAUUUGGCUAGCAAGAAGAUCUGUUAAGACUGGACUGGAGGGUCUGUGUAUGAUAGGUCUCAGGUUCGAAUCACCUCUCCCCCAUUUGUAAUUUAUAAUGCCUUCAUAUUCAUAGCUCAUUCGCACCAAAAAGAACAAUUUAUUGCUUGUAAGUUGUAAGAUUGAAAUUGUACAUAAUUGGAAAGUUGUUUCUAUA